AUGCCGUCCUCUUGUCCAAUUUGCGCCGUGUCGGGCGCGGGCGCGGAAUUGGCACCAGCAUGCCCUCUGGCUGCCGACUUGGAAGACGAAGAAAGGAUGGAGUUCCUGACAUCCCAUGUCGCCCCGGGCGAUGUUGAUGCCCGAGAUGAGAUGGUCGAGUUCUGGUCGAGGGUGGUAGCCCACGCCUUCGAGAAAGCGGCUUGCUUGUCCCUCGACUCCAAGGUGUUGGCGACGAGCUCGCUGGACUGGGGAGGCGUGGUUGCUCCUGGGUUGGACCUUGCGAUGUCACACAUGGUUUCGUCUGGAGAGCUUUUGGAACGCAGCGAAAUUGUGGAGGCGGAGACUGGGCUGGCGAGGCGCUUGGUCAUGGCCCCCAUCAUGUACUUGGCCGGAAUGGUCGGUCUGGGGGGGGGAGGGGGGGGGGGGCAGUACGCCAACAGGAACGUUCUUGAGGAUUUAGCGGAACAAGUGGUGGGGUACUGUCAACACCUGCCACCAGACGAGAGGACCGUCUACUUGCUAGCGGCCGUUCACAGCGAGACGGCAGCAAGCCGCCCCGUUGCGCAGCAUGCGUCGCCCUGGAACUUCGAGCAGCUUUGUCGGGCUGCUGCUUCUGAAGCCGCUGCCACCACGACUGCGACACGCGUAGCUAGCGGUCGUGCCCCCCCCACCCCCGAGAAAUGUUCAUCCGCUGUGCCCCGGAUGCUGGCGCGAAUAUCAAGCGAUGACGUCGCUCUCUUUGCCAAGUACCUCGUCCGCACGAAGCGCGCCGUGACGGAGGGGGGGCUGCUGAAAGUACUCUCUAGGGGUGGGGGGAGUAGGGUGGCGGCGGCAGCGGCUACUGUGUCUGAGACAGAGAAAGACUUGCUGCGGCUUCGGUGCACCGUCGCUAGUCUAGAAGCGAGCGCAUCGGAUCUAGGACUGCGAAUACAGCGGGUACAGCAGGACGCCCUGAUGGAAAACCGUCGGGGGCAGAAGCAGGCGGCGCUGGUGCACUUGCGGAGGAUGAAGCAGUACCAGGCCGCUAGGGACAAGCGGCUCUCCUCCCUCUUGACGCUGGAAACGGCAUUGGAUCAGGUGAAGCAGCUGAGGUUGGACAAGCAGGUGCUGGAGGCCCACGAGGCUGCCACGAGUGCCCUCAAGGCCUGCAGGGAGACGCAGGGGCUGACGGUGGAGAGGGUGGAGAACACACUGGAUGCGCUGGCAGAGGAGAUGGCCGAGGCGGAGGCAGUUGGCACCGCGCUAGGCCAAGACGGCGCCCUUCUUGGGCAAGACGAGGGAGAGACGGCAGAGCUCGAAGCAGAGCUUGACGCCCUCCUUACAGCACAGGAUAGCCCAUCGCCAUCGCCAUCGCCAUCGCCACCGCCACCGCCAUCAUCACCACAAUCACAACCACCAGCGGUGUCGAAGGGUCCGGCAAGGGCGGCGGAACGUGAUGCGGCCGCUUCGGCUUCGGCCGGCCCCGCGGCUGCCAUGCGUAGACCCUCACCGAGCGGCACUAGCGAUAGCGCGGGCGAGCCUCCUCGGAAUGAUAACCCGGGGCCACGGAAGGGUGGUGUGCCCUUACCCGCAUGA